AUGGUUGUAGAGGACACAGACGGGCACAAAGAGGUCGGGGUGCGCCCAGGAGCCAGAGACAGAAGGCAAGCCAGGGUCCCCCGAUGUGGAGUCAGGGGCUGGAGUCCAGCUGCGGCCUCUUCUCCCCGCAGUGUUCCUGCGCUCCCGGUGAAGAACUUGAAUGGCACUGGGCCGGUGCACCCGGCCCUAGCAGGUAAGAACCCGGAGGACGUGGUUCGGAGGUACAUGCAGAAGGUGAAAAACCCCCCGGACGAGGACUGCACCAUUUGCAUGGAGCGGCUGGUCACGGCAUCCGGCUACGAGGGCGUGCUCCGGCACAAGGGCGUGCGGCCUGAGCUGGUGGGCCGCCUGGGCCGCUGUGGCCAUAUGUACCACCUGCUGUGCCUCGUGGCCAUGUACUCCAAUGGCAACAAGGAUGGCAGUCUGCAGUGUCCCACCUGCAAGGCCAUCUACGGGGAGAAGACAGGGACGCAGCCGCCCGGGAAGAUGGAGUUCCACCUCAUCCCACACUCUCUGCCCGGCUUCGCCGACACGCAGACCAUCCGCAUCGUCUACGACAUCCCCACAGGCAUCCAGGGCCCUGAGCAUCCCAACCCGGGGAAGAAGUUCACUGCCAGAGGCUUCCCGCGACACUGCUACCUGCCCAACAACGAGAAGGGCCGGAAGGUGCUGCGACGGCUCAUCACAGCCUGGGAGAGGAGACUCAUCUUCACCAUCGGCACGUCCAACACCACGGGCGAGUCGGACACUGUGGUGUGGAACGAGAUCCACCACAAGACGGAGUUUGGGUCCAACCUGACGGGCCACGGCUACCCGGACGCCAGCUACCUGGACAACGUGCUGGCCGAGCUCGCGGCCCAGGGAGUGUCUGAGGCCGCAGCCAAGGCCUGAGGCCCAAGGCCACUCAUCUUCCCUCCUGCUUUGCCCCUGCUCCGGCACUCGCCUCCCCGCCAGGUGUGGCCUGGAGGCCCAGGUCAGGGCCGGGAGGAGCCUGCGGGAGGAGCCGGAAGCAUCCGGAUGCCUGGCUGGUGGCCGAUGGGAUGAUGGGGUCGACGCCCGGUGGCUGUGACCCACAGGCCCUGAGAGGGCC